AUGAUUCAAGUUGUCUCGAUAUGGUGCAUCGCUCUUGUACCGACCGCUGCCGGUGUACGGAUCUUCCGCCGACGAUCAUGUUCCUCCCGGAUCGUCAGCUCCGGACCAGCCUCCACAUGGUGCAUCAACCAAAAAAAUCGAUAUCCACUCACAACGUGGUCCAUCAGCAAGGCUAACGUCUUCAGAUCAAACAUGGUGCAUCGGCCGGAAUACUCCUACAUGGUGCAUCGGCCGGAAUACUCCUACAUGGUGCAUCGGCCCGAAUACUCCUACAUGGUGCAUCGGCCCGAAUACUCCUACAUGGUGCAUCGGCCCAAAUACUCCUACAUGGUGCAUCGGCCCGAAUACUCCUACAUGGUGCAUCGGCCCGAAUACUCCUACAUGGUGCAUCGGCCCGAAUACUCCUACAUGGUGCAUCGGCCCGAAUACUCCUACAUGGUGCAUCGGCCCGAAUACUCCUACAUGGUGCAUCGGUCCGAAUGCUCCUAG